AAUCACUCUACUGGAGCUUGAUAUAUAUAACCCUUUCAAGGACAGCACCGUGCUCGACGGAGCGAUCGCCUUCUUCGGUUCGGCCAUGUCGAUGAGUGUGACCGACUCAUGAAUUCUGUUCAAUAAAUCCAUUUGCAUAAUAAAAAAAAAAAAUUAGUUUCAGCCAUUUCUCUUCGAAGCAGUAAUGGCUCUGAAAAGCCUGUUGUUAUUGUUAUGCUAUGCUUCGUUCCUCGCGUUGAAUCUACUCGCAAGUCAAUCCGAGUCGGCCGCACAGAAAGCUUUUCGGAGAGAUCCUGGACAUCCUCAGUGGCACCACGGAGCCUUCCACGACGUCCGAGAUACCGUCCGAUCCGAUGUCCGCCGCAUGCUCCAUUCUCGCGCCGAGGUUCCUCUCCAUGUUCCGCUUGAAGUAAAUGUAGUCCUCGUUGGCUUCAAUGGUGAUGGAGGUUACAGGUACACAGUAGAGGUGCACAAAUUGGAAGAGUUUCUGAUGGCCAGCUUCCCGUCCCACAGGCCCUUGUGCAUGGAGACAGGCGAGCCUCUUGAUAUCGAGCAUCUCCUUGUUUAUAAUGUGUUUCCUGCUGGACAGCCGGAACUUAUAGCACUUGAGAAGGCACUGAAAGAGGCCAUGGUCCCUUCUGGAACUGCAAGAGAGAGUGAUUAUGGAAGGGAAGUCCCUUUGUUUGAGGUAGAUGCAACAGCUGUCGAACCAGUAUUUCAGAAGCUAUAUUCCUACAUAUUUGACACGGACAAUGUUCGAUAUUCAGCUGCAGAGAUGGACAGACCUGUGCCGAUUGUAAUAUUCCUUGUCAACUUUGAUAAGGUGAGAAUGGACCCUAGGAAUAAGGAAAUCGACCUCGAUAGUUUUAUGGAUGGAAAGCUUACCCCACUAACAGAGGAAGAUAUAAAAAACCAAGAGGGUCAAUAUAUAUAUCGUUAUCGAUAUAACGGAGGAGGAGCAUCUCAAGUUUGGCUUGGUUCUGGCAGAUUUGUUGUGAUUGACCUCUCAGCUGGCCCAUGCACGUAUGGAAAGAUUGAGACAGAAGAGGGAAGUGUCAGUCCUCGAACACUGCCACGGUUACAACAUGUGAUGUUUCCAAGAGGUUUUGGUCCUGCUAGUGCUCAUUCUACCCAUGAAUUUUUUAUUGGACAACUUGCCUCUUUGAUAUCGACUACAAUUGAACAAGUUAUAGCUCCUGAUGUUAGGUUUGAAACUGUCGAUAUAACAUCAAGGUUGCUUAUACCUAUCAUCGUCCUGCAUAACCAUAAUCGAUACAAUAUUAUGGAUAAAGGUCAUAAUUACAGUAUUAAUAUUGAAGCAAUUGAGGCAGAGGUUAAGAAGGUUGUUCAUGAUGGACAUGAAGUGGUUGUAGUUGGGGGUUCGCAUUCGUUACAUCGCCAUGAAAAGUUGGCUAUUGCUGUUUCAAAAGCAAUGCGAGGCCAUUCCUUGCAAGAAACAAAGACGGAUGGCCGUUUUCAUGUUCAUACCAAGACAUAUCUGGAUGGUGCAAUCCUUAAAGAAGAGAUGGAACGAUCAGCUGAUGUGCUUGCUGCAGGUUUGCUUGAGGUGGCUGAUCCAUCUCUUUCAAGUAAAUUUUUUCUUCGCCAGAACUGGAUGGAUGAAUCUGAGGGGUCAAGUGAUUCCAUAUUAAAGCAUAAACCUCUCUGGGCUACCUAUGACUCAAAACAUGGCAAGAAGAAAAAGAAAACAGAAAAGAAACAAGGGGAUCUCUACCGGACUUAUGGAACAAGAGUAAUUCCUGUCUUUGUACUAUCACUGGCUGAUGUGGAUGCUCACCUUAUGAUGGAAGAUGAGAGUCUUGUAUGGACAAGCAAUGAUGUGGUCAUUGUACUUGAGCAUCAAAGUGAAAAGAUACCUCUGAGUUAUGUUUCAGAAACGCAGAGAAGGCAUGCUAUCCCAUCACAGGCACAGCGCCAUAUAUUGGCUGGGCUUGCUUCUGUUGUGGGUGGGCUGAGUGCUCCAUAUGAGAAGGCUUCACAUGUACAUGAGAGGCCUGUUGUGAAUUGGCUUUGGGCUACUGGUUGUCAUCCAUUCGGACCGUUCUCAAAUACUUCUCAAAUCAGUCAAAUGCUUCAAGAUGUUGCAUUGAGGAACACGAUAUAUGCACGUGUAGAUUCUGCACUUCGCAAAAUUCGUGAAACAUCAGAGGCUGUCCAAGAUUUUGCCUCAGAAUAUCUCAAAACCCCUCUUGGAGAACCAGUCAAAGGCAAGAAAAACAAGUCCACCACUGAGCUGUGGGUCGAGAAAUUUUACAGAAAAACAACUAACCUGCCAGAACCUUUCCCUCAUGAAUUAGUUGAACAUUUAGAGAAAUACUUGGACAGCCUUGAGGAACAGCUUGUUGAUUUGUCUUCCUUGUUGUAUGAUCACCGGUUACAAGAUGCUCAUUUGAACAGUUCAGAAAUGCUACAGAGUUCCUUGUUCACCCAGCAGUAUGUAGAGCACGUGUUGUUCAGUGAAAGGGAAAAGAUGAGAUGCUGCCAAGUUGAGUUCAAAUACCCUGUGCAAUCCUCCCAAACUUACAUCUAUGGGGGCAUUCUUAUUGCCGGAUUCUUUGUAUACUUUCUUGUCAUAUUCUUUUCAUCUCCCGUGCGCUAACUUUAAACCUUUAGCCCUAUAUAGGGAAUACACCGCUCAUGUUUCAAAGCUCGGAUGCUCUUGUAGAAGAAACGCAUAUUUAGAUUCAAAACAAGUUGGAAAAGAAUUUUGAUCA